UACACACAGCUGAAAAGUACAUUAGGAAACAAAUGUAAUCUGGUGUGAUGUGAUGGAUGGCACCAACAAAAACAAAAAAAAGAUGUGCACUGAAGUCAUUCUCAGAUGCGCCCACCUUUCUGCCGUGGUGGCUCGACAGGAGUCCCACACCGAUGGAGUCCAAAGGGGCCGUCACCCGCUUGCUGUAGCAAAAGAGAGGGAAGGUGGUGGAGAGGGGAAAAUCAAACAAACAUACAAACAAAACAAAACGAAUGUGGACGUUUGGGCUAGAUGCCUCACAUCGUGUGUGUCUUGCCCCACACUUACUGCUUGUGCCUGCGCCGAUUGCGACCAACGUGCUGGGAGGCAGGCAGCCGCUCAAGUGGGGUCAAGAAGGGGGUCAUCUGGUUAUGGCGGGAGCCCCAGUCUUGAGUUGUCUCCCCCGAGUCACCUGGGAAGAGGUCAGUGAGGUCCGAGAGCUCGGACCAGUGGGAGGAAGAACACAGAUGAGUACAUGAUUACAACAUCACUCUGGAUCUGAUGAUUUAUUGUUUACACGUCUGGGCCAUAUCUGGAUAGAACUGGAAGGGACAACAGCAGAUGAAGCAACCAUAGGAGACGUCAACCUGUGAAACGACCUGUUAAUCGUUAUGUCUGGACCAGGGUACCCUUCCCCUCACCAGGGUCCUUACCCUGUGCCUCAACCUGGUGGAUAUUCCAUGCCCCCAUAUCCCAUGUCCCAGCCAGGCUACGGUGACCCCGGCCAAGCGCCUCCUCCUGUUGGGUUUCACAUGGGUUACCAGCCCUCUCCAGACCAGCCAGUCAUGUACCAACCCGGCCCGGUUAGCCCAGGUCCACCCAUGCCAAUGCAGGAGUAUGGAGGGCCAGCUCCCCCCCAGUACCAGCACUCGGGGCCUGGAGCCCCUCCAUACCAGCCCUCAGGACCAGCUGCACCUGUAGCCCCCGCACCAGUCUCAGUGCCAGUGGGUGUGCCACCGGGCCUGGAGUACCUCUCACAGAUUGAUCAGAUUUUGAUACAUCAGAAAGUAGAGCUUCUGGAAGCAUUCAUCGGCUUUGAGACCAACAACCAGUAUGAGAUCAAAAACAGCAUGGGGCAGAAGAUUUACAAGGCUAAGGAGAAGAACGACUGUUGUACUCGCAACUGCUGUGGCUCGCUACGUAGCUUUGACAUGAAGAUUAAGGACAACGGUGACCGUGAGGUCAUUCGGCUCGUGAGGCCCUUCCGUUGUGUGUCCUGCUGGUGUCCCUGCUGCCUUCAAGAGAUGGAAGUACAAGCACCACCUGGUACCACCAUUGGUUAUGUCACCCAGGACUGGAAUGCUUGCUAUCCCAAAUUCUCUAUUCGAGGCCCAAACCGUGAGACGGUGAUGAAACUAGAAGGGCCAUGCCUUGCCUGCAAUUGCUGUGGAGAUGUGAACUUUGAGCUGAAGGGGAAAGAUGGUGGUCAUAGUAUUGGCCGUAUCAGUAAGCAGUGGAGUGGUCUACUCAAAGAGGUGUUCACGGACACGGAUAACUUUGGCAUCCAGUUCCCUCUGGACAUGGAUGUCAAAAUGAAGGCCGUGCUGAUGGGUGCUUGCUUCCUUAUCGAUUUCAUGUUCUUUGAGAAAGUUGGGGACACCAAUCAGCGCAACACUGUUUUCUCAUAAGAGGAUGAGAAGGGAGUGGGAAAGCGAAUCGGCCUGUAGCGUCUCUUCCUGAAGAUGUCUGGAGACUUCUGCCUGCACUCUACUGUCCACACGUCAUCCCACCGUCCCCUGUGGAAAUGUCAACGUCUAGCUUAGGCUCUUCAGCCACUCCUGAGCUACUGCGUUGCUCGCUCCAGUAAGCCAUUUGUUGCUUCAGAAAUGAAAGUGUCACCUUUUCUACUCCAAGCUGUCACAUCCUUCUUUUUCUUGUGUCACUUACACACACAGUCAUGUUCUCUCUACUCUAUAUGUUUUAUUACUACAUUUGUAUCAAGGUUAAUAUUAGCCACAUCUAUUUUUUUUAUAGUCAUUAUUAUUUACCAAAUGUCAAAGUUUGUUUGAAAUAGAUAUUUUAUAUUACUUAUCUGUAAAGGCCAUUUUAUACAAUUAAUAUGCAGUUUUUUUAAUCAUCCUGGUAAAUGUUGUGAUGUAUUUGUAAGUAGGUUGUGGGCGAGUUGGUUUUGUAAUGUAUUCCUUUUUGUUUGAUGUAUGUACAUAACAGUGAAAUGGCAACAAAAGUAGGUGUGUCACAAUGAGAGGUUGUGUAAGAUUGUAUUAGCUGGGAAUGCAGGCGAGAGAGGGUGAGGAAAAUCUGAGUCACUCUUUCCUGCGAGGUCACUGAAAGUUUGGAUGUUGUACCAAUAGGAAGGAAAGUCCACAACACAUUGACCUGUUUGACAGUAUAACAGAUGAACGGAGUUUACAUGUGGGGAGGCAGGGGGUAUCUAAGUUGGAAAUGAAAAGGCACUGGACUUGAAGAAUGCUCUUAUUCUCAUUCAGGAAAGCUCUACAUAAUUACAUGCCUUAACACAUGGGCUUCAUAGGGUGUGGAACAGUCCCUCCAGAGAGCUUUAUAGGUUUAGCCAAAGAGAAAUGACACCCAUCUGUUUUGUGUGUAGCAGCUAAAAGCAAGACGAGGUGCUCCUAGAAAGGCUGCACUUGUCUUGGGUUCACUCUCAAAAGCAGCUUGUUGUCAGGGAUGAAUAGUGGUUCCUGUGUAUUGAGAAAAUAAACCUCCAAAAAGUGUGGUGUAAUGGCAUGCACGGGAGAGGAGGGAGAGGCCAAGUGGAAAUUUGGAUCAUGUGGGACCCACAGCCGCAGCCAACAGAACUGGAUUAUCAAGUUCUCUGUCCAGCCUUUAGAACAAUGCCUCUUCAGGACACCUGAUGUUUAAUGAUGCAUGCAUCGUUUAUCAUGAUAAUGAUUUUUGGUCUGCUCUAGAUUUGUUUAUUGGGUGGGCUGUUGGUUUGGUUAGUUGAUUGAAGUAAAGCCAAAAAACCUUAACAGGGGAGUUGACUGAAUGAUGAAGCCAUUGCCUGAACUUUGACAUUUCUGUCCAGUGGUAUUGUGAUGUUUAUGUUAAGUAUUUCUCAUACAUACUCACAUAUAUAUAGUAUAUAUUAGUAUCAUACACCGUGUGCCAUAUACCAAAUGGCUAAAGACUGCAUUUUUCUCUGAUGACAAUUAUCCAUGUUCACUAACUGUGGUGCUGUAUUACCAAACACCUAAGUGCUUUCAUUCCACGAUCAAUUAAUGCUUAUGUCAAUGUUAUUUUAUUUCAAAUGAACCAAUUAAUAUCAUGUCCAAAUAUUGUCAUUGUAUAAUAAACAAAAAUCAGUAUA